AUGUCACCCAGGGCAACAGAGCCAAUAAUAAACGAGGACGAACACCCAACCUUAAUACCAAGCUUGUCUCAGGGUAAUGUGUUGGAAUUACCUCCAGACAGCGAUAAAUCUACAGCAGCUGCUGACGGGGAGCACAGGGGCUGCCUGAACACGGUAUUUGACCCCAUCAAGGGAAUUGUUCCAUAUGGUGGAAUGGCGUCAAAUGUGUUUAACCUGGAGAGUGCUACCCUUGGUGCUGGAAUUGUGAUGCUGCCUUCUGGUUUCCUCAACUCUGGCAUAAUAAUUGCCACGUUAAUGUUGGUGUACAUCUGCUUCACCACAGUGUACUCUAUCCGCAUACUCGUGAUCACUAGGGACAAAACUGGAUUCCGUUCGUAUGAGGAGAUGGCGUGUGGGUUGCUUGGCCGCGGUGCAGACUACUUUACGGCUUUCUUGAUGUUUGUUUUCUGCUUUGGAACCUGCGUUGGGUACGUGAUAUCAGUGGGUGACUUACUCUCUCCACUUUUGAAUCAGCCUUCAACAACUGGAUUCCUGAGGACAUCGAUGGGAAAGAACGUUAUUGUUGGUGUAGUUUGGUUGGUUGCCAUGUUACCACUCUCGCUUCCCAAGGAGAUUAACUCACUUCGAUAUGCUUCUGCUGUGGGUGUUUUCUUCAUUGUUUUCUUUGUGAUAUGCAUGAUUGUACACGCUGCGAUGAAUGGCUUGAAAGACGGGAUAGGAUCGGACAUUCGACUCGUCGGUGAUGGAUGGGGGAUUCUGAAUGGCUUCACACUGUUUGUAUUUGCCUUCAUAUGUCAGGUGAAUUGUUUUGAGGUGUAUGAAGAGAUGAAGGGACCCACCCCACGGCGAAUGACGCGCGACAGUAGUGUGGCGAUGUCGAUGGUUGGUCUCCUGUAUUUCUUGUCUGGUAUCUUCGGUUAUCUUGAUUUCGGGAAUGAUCUAGAAGGCUCCGUACUCAAAUUGUACAAACCACAAGAUGAUGUGAUGAUGGCCAUCGGGUAUGUUGGCAUCGCUAUCAAGAUAUGCGUAGGAUUCGCUAUUUGCAUCCAGCCAUCUCGUGAUGCGAUUUAUUAUGUAUUGGGAUGGGGGAAGACGUCUGAUGUUGACAGCUGGAAGAACCUCGUAGUGAGUGGUGUCUUGGCUACCCUCGCUCUCGUACUGGGACUUGUGCUACCCAGUAUUGAAGUUGUCUUCAACUUUCUUGGAAGUUUCUGUGGUGGCUUCCUUGCUUUUAUUCUACCAGCACUGUAUUACAUGUAUGCGGGGAACUUCUCUCUGAAAGAGGUUGGGUGGUUCAACUACGCUGUCACAUACCAGUUGCUCAUUGUCGGCGUAUUCGCUGUUGUGUUUGGUACGGCAUUAACCAUUUACGACGAGGUUAAGAAGUAG